CAAGCCAAGCCAUAUAUCCCACAAAACCUUUCAUUUUCUUCACUAAUCUGUGCAUAUAAAUUAUAAUCCAAUGUGUUCAUUGAAUUUAUACAAAUAAAUCAGUCUUGCAAAAAUAUAUCCAAAACAUGGACAAAUUCCUAUUGUUCUCCUUUCUUGGUAUGCUGAUAGUUGUUCAUCAUGGAGUUGCAGGAAACGUGGGGAUUGACGACAUCGGCAUGCUUGAAGAACUAGAUCAAAUUUGCUGGGAAAUGGAAGAAGAGAAUGAGAUGGAAUCUUCCCCAAUAUCUUCAUGGACCAGUGACCGAGGUUCCAAGGUUCUUGUGAAUGUGGAUAGCUUUGGUGCGGUUGGAGAUGGAGUUUCUGAUGACACCCAGGCUUUCCAAAAAGCGUGGGACAUUGCAUGCUCUACGCCAGGAUCAGUAUUUUUGGUGCCCCAAGGACGAACAUAUCUAGUUAAUGCGACAAGAUUUCAAGGGCCAUGCUCAGACAGAUUAGUUAUUCAGAUUGAUGGAACAAUAAGAGCACCAGCUGAGCCAAAAGACUGGGAUCCAAAGUUCCCACGAACAUGGCUUGAGUUUUACCAACUAAAUGGAGUUCUUUUCCAAGGAGGUGGAGUUAUUGAUGGCUCAGGUAGCAAAUGGUGGGCAUCAUCUUGCAAAAAGAACAAAUCAAACAUUUUACAGCCAUGCAGAGGCGCACCAACAGCACUAACGAUAGAUUCAAGCUCAGCUGUACAGAUAAAGGGCCUUACUAUCCAGAACAGCCAACAGAUGCAUUUUGUUAUUUCUCGGUCUGAUUCCAUACGAGUUUUGGGAGUACUAAUCUCGGCUCCAGGAGACAGUCCAAACACCGAUGGAAUCCAUAUCAGUGCAUCAACUGAUGUUUCUCUCCAAGACUGCAAAAUUGGAACAGGGGAUGACUGCAUCUCAAUUGUGAAUGCUAGCACUGGAAUCAAGAUGAAGAGGAUCUACUGUGGACCAGGACAUGGAAUCAGCAUUGGAAGCCUUGGGAAAGACAACUCUACCGGUAUAGUCUCGAAGGUCGUCGUGGAUACAGCAUUCCUUCAGGAGACUACCAAUGGCCUUAGGAUUAAAACUUGGCAGGGAGGUUCUGGUUAUGUUCGCGGAGUUCGUUUCCAAAAUGUGAGGAUGGAAGAUGUGUCAAAUCCCAUCAUUAUUGAUCAGUUCUACUGCGAUUCUCCAACCGCUUGUCAAAACCAGACGUCCGCUGUAAAUAUAAGCCAGAUUGUCUACCGGAACAUUAGAGGGACAACAAAGAGUGCAAAGGCCAUGAAAUUUGCUUGCAGUGACACAGUUCCAUGCAGAAACAUUGUCCUUAGCAACAUCAACUUAGAGAAGAAAGAUGGCACAGUAGAGACCUACUGCAACUCUGCCGAAGGCUUUGGCUACGGAGUUGUACAACCUUCGGCUGACUGCCUAUCUUCCCGUGACAAGGAAUACGUCUUUAUCAAUCAGCAAGAAGAUGUUCAAGUUGCGGAAACCAGCAGAUCAUCUUCAGAGGAUCAUGACAUUGUUCACACUGAGCUCUGAUCGCUUGGAUCCCUAAAUUAUAUAGGAUUUAAAUAACGACGUACAACCAUAGCAUAUACCAAAACCACGUAAAUAUUCAUAUAUAGUUAUGGUAUCGAAAACUGUGAGCGAAACUACUUCAGAAAAAAAAAUAGAAAGAAUUUGUUUUAUAAA